AUGCUUUCGGAUCUCAGAGAUCUGUGCUUGGGUUUUGUUGAUGCAGCAGGCCUCCUGGCGAUUGCUGCCUAUCUCUCACGUCUGGAGCGUUUGGAGUUGGCGUUGGGAGCAGAUGGGGGGAAGGCGGAGAGGUUUCUUUUCACAUUGACCAGUCUUUCUAACCUCCGCAGUUUAGAAGUGAUGGGAGCUCGCAGCUUGAAGACGCUUCUGGAAUCUGAUGGAUCGGCCUGGCAUGGGCUACGGCAGCUGUGCAUUGAUGAUACCUUGAGUGGUGAAUUCACACGACGGCCUCCGGCUAUCACAACCCUUCAGCACCUGACAUCCCUAUGGGUUCACGCGCCAAACUUAACUUCUCUACCAGAUGAGCUUGGAGCCUUUUCAAGACUGCGCCGGCUGGAGUUGUCAGGAUGUUCAUCCCUCGCGCAUCUCCCUGCUUCUCUCACUGAGCUAUCCUGCCUGACGGAUGCGAAUUUCAGCGACACUCCCAUCCGCUCGCUCCCUCCUGGCUUGUCCCAGCUUAGAAGACUCAAGGGCCUGAAUCUCCAUGACUGCAAGCAGCUGGUUUCUCUGCCUGAUGAAAUACAAGGUCUCCCAAUGCUGGAUGUUGUUAUUGCUGAAGGCUGUGAGGCGGGCUCUCAGCUUCCAGACUUGGCAAAUAUUUUCUCGAGACAUAACCUUGGUUUUUAG